AUGGCUUCCUUAUCCAGCUCCCUCGCGGGGCUUCCGCUGGAGCAGCUCGCCCUCUUCCACGCCGUCGACCCCUAUCUGUCUUCCGUCUUCAUCUUCCACGGCCCCGCCACCACCGCCAAUUCGACGCUGAGCAGCUCGCGCAUUCAAGCACACAUAAUCGCUCCCGGUGGGGUGCAUAGCUAUCCCCGAAUUACAAUAUCUCCCGCCGCCCCGCUCUACGCUGCAGUCAAUCACCUACCCCGCGAUAAACAAGGGGAUGAAGUAUAUCGUGGUCUGGCCGUGUGUCUGUUCAAAUACUUUUGCGAGUUACCAGAGGUGGUGAAGGAUGCUCUGACGGCCCUGACACUGUCGGGAAAGCAAUGUACGCUAUUACCGAAUCUCUUCAACGAGGUUCAUGCAGCGGAUCUGGCGAAUAAAAUGGCAAAGGUGGAAAAUGCGGCACAAGUAAUACCGGAUCUGAAGGAUGCGUUUGCGGAUAGGAUCGUUCCGUGCAUCGACGUCGACUUUGUUUUACCGCCGGGGACUGUCAACAUGGCCACGCACACUUCACGCGAUGCAGGGUCUGAUGCUGAGCAGUGUCAGAAGUUCUCUGAUCGCUUCGGGGCAUAUGCUCCUCUUAUUGAAGCGUUGGGGGAUCCGAUCUUCCUGCCAACUUCGAAAUUAAAACGUGCACCGUCGCAACCGACGAAUAUGAGCAAGUCAAGGCUUUUUUCUGCAGCGCAGAAGGAGACCUUGCGUCUUUCUAUGUGUGAAGUGGUGGAUACCGAAGAGAGAUAUGUUGGGAAGAUGUAUGACUUGGUUCACAACAUCGCGCAUGAAUUUCGCCAGAAGGCUAGGGAUAGAUCCGUUUCUAGCACCAGUCCUGAUGAGAAGGACUUAAUGAAACUAUUCCCAACUUGUCUUAAUGACAUACUUGAAGUCAACCUCAGAUUCCUGAAUGAUAUACGCCAAAUACUCGAAGAUACAGAGAAAGAUACUCUUGGAGACAUAACGAAAGACACUGUACUUGAUUCGGCGGCACUGGCUAGAGACUCUAACGGAAAUAGAAAGGAUCCAAUGGGGAUUAUCGCCUUUGCACGUUGUCUCCAAGAGUGGUUCCCGCGAUUUUCCCAGCCGUACGGGGAAUACAUGAAUGCCCACACCGGAUUCACAAAGGUUUUAAACACGUUCUUGCAUGAUCACAAUUCGUCAUUCUCGAAGAGAGUCUAUGAAUCUGGCGAACAAAGAAUGCGCUCAUUACUUAUGGAACCGGUCCAACGUCUACCGCGAUACAGCCUCCUCAUUGAUGCAAUGACAGGUGCGCUUCCAGUUGUGCAUCCUGCUGUCAAACCGCUCUUGAACGCACGCGAUAUCAUAACCGAAAUUUGCUCCUUGGAUUCGUCGAGACGCAAUGGGCAAACCUCUAAACGGCUGCAGGCCUUGGUGACGGGAUGGCCCGCCUCGGUUUCUCCAUCCGGGAGAUUAAUUACUGCGGUUGACUUUUUCACCCUUGUCCCGCCAUAUCGUCCCGGACUUCAAGGAUCCCGAGGUGAGACUGGCAUUAUGCUAGUCUACACUGAUUUUCUGAUUCUUAUGUCCAAAACUCCGGAAAGCAAACUCACCGCCCGUGGAUUGUAUGCCGAGCUGGACAAACCGCAGCCAGGAUAUGGAACGGAUCCAGCAGCUUCUACUCCCGAGCUGAAAUUUUUGCAAGCAAGUCGUAUCGGUAGUGUUCGUUGCACCCAGUCCAAGUGCGGAAACAUCAUGUAUCUUGCUCCGGCUGAAAAUAUCUUGCGAAAUGAGCGAUCGCCAUCGAAACUAAUGCUUCACGCCCUUGAAUUGAUGUCGAGCUACGAGGGUAAGGCGCAUCGGUUGAUUGAGGAAAUCACAAAGGCAAGAAUUGAGGGAAGAUUUCCAGAACAAUAUCGCGAACGCGGAAAAUGGUCCCUACACUAUCCUGACGGGGCUUACGAGAACCUGGGAACUUUGAUAUCCGUAUUUGAGGAAAAUUCAGACGAAACGCUUCCUUCGAGCACAUCAUCGACAGUAAGGCUGAAUUUCGAUGGUCCAAAGACUAAUCUGGUGAAGGAUGCAGCAAAUACCGAUGUGGAAGUGAGCGUUGUGAUGUCAAUGGCUGCUGGCGGAAAAUACAAGAUGGAAUUUGAUUCUGUUGUUGGGAUUUCUUUCACGGAUCUAUUUGCACCACAGGACUUUAUUUUAAUUCUGUCAAAGCGACUUCAUACACUCCUUCGGCCAUUAUGUCAGCCCCAGAAUCCUUUCCUUACUGAUGCAGUCCUCAGUGCGAACUUUAGCAUACUCCGCAUUAUCGCCGACCAUAUCCUCGCCUCAGCUAAAGUGACAAAAGGCCUCCGGCCACGAUCUCCAUCCAAGCUUCUAUCAAGCUUUUGGGGAGGUGGCCAAGCAAAGGAGUUGCAUUUACCCCAAAAAGGCUUGCUUCCACCGGCCCAAAUAACACCUAGUCCUCCCACCUUUUCUGUUGCAGAUUUCGAUAGUCCACAAAAGGAACUCCCUUCAACCCCAUCCCCUCAGAAAGGAGCGAAGGCUAUUGAUGGUGGAAUAUCCAAUGGAGGAAUAAAUAUUGCAGAUGAAACUGCCACUCAGUUGGAACAAUUGGAGAAAACGUUUACCGCAUAUACUAUCGCGAUACGCUCAAGGAGCGGAAAUAUUGUGGGUCGUGUCCUUCGAGCCAGAGAUCGAGCUGAUCAGGCAGCUGUGAACGAGCUUUAUAAUGUUCUUUUGGAUGAUGCCGGUAAAAUUCAGGCCGCUGCCGAAGCCCCCGUGGAUGUGCUCAUUGUAGCGUUUGAGACCUUUAUGGCUAAAGCUUGGAAGGAGAAGAUUGGCCCUGUUAUUCCUGCUCAAUCUCUCGUGCUCAUUCAGAACCAAUUUGACUCUAUGUUUCCGGGUGAUUUUGAGGAUUUCUUUCAUAGAUUCCUAGCAGAAAUGAGUCCUCAGACACGGAGAGCUCUCACAGGCCUUGUUAAGUUAUUAGCAGAACUGCUUGAUGCUUCAGGCAACGAUGGUGACCGGGGUGCAUUGACUGAAGUUUUCUCGGAAAUCUUGACUGAGGAAGGGGACCCUAGGGAGUAUAUUUCUCUUCUAGAUCGCCUUGUUGAAGACUUUGAAAGACUAUUUGAUGGGAACGCACCUUUCAUAGCCCCGAUGGAGGGUACUUUGCUCAAUGACCCCACAAAUCGGCGUGAUCGAUCACAGUCAGUCAAUAAUGGCUCCAUCAAUUCCAAUAGUUCAUCGUUUCGCAAGAGAUUCGGUUUCGGGCUUCACCGUGAACGCAGCAAAACGGAGAGCGAGAGCAAAGUUAGCUCCAUUAUCCGUACUCUCAGUAAGUCGAAGGGUUCUGGAUCUGGGUCCGCUGCAGAUGCCGAAGCGCCAGCUUCGACAUUACCAAAGGUCGGCCUCAUGCGAGCCAAAUCAACGGACGUGGAUACCAGGCUACAUACACUCUUGCGCCCCGGUUCACGAGACCGUCCAUUUAUGCCGACCUUUUUCUCCAGUGAUCACGACUUAUAUCGCCCCGGCAGCGCUCAUAGUAACGCAGCAACACUAAGCUCAAUAGGCGAGGAUCGUGUUGAGAAGCCUGUUUCUCCUCGAAAGAAACGUAGAAGUUCCCUGUCGGAUCUGAGACCGCUGUCUGCAGGCGAUAUAACACCAUUGUUUCAGUCUCCUAAAGCGACAAGACGGGUAGAGUCACCCGUUACGCCAGCCAGUCACAAUUCAGAAUCCGAUCCAUCGACUACCCCAACGGGAUCAUCCGGCCAGAGAAAUGGGACAAGUCUUCGAUCUCCUAUCCGGCUUCCCUCUCCUCCUCGCGUUACGUCUCCAGUGCGAACCCUCCCAAGAAGUCGCAAAGAGAAUACCCCUCCCUCUCCUCGGACUGCUCUUGGCGAUAAACCCGUGAACAGAAAGACCAAUAUAUCGACAAGCCCCAAGAAACGCACAGAUAUUCGGCCGCAAAACUACCAUUCAAACGUUACUGGUCUUAAGGAAAGAUCGUUGCCACCGAAUGGAACUGAAGCAUCUCGGAUACCACUGUCCACCACGUCUACACCAAAGGUCCAGAAGUUGAAGAUGCAGAACCCACAGAAGCUUCGAGAACGAGUCCAAAAUGAAAAGAGAACAGUUGCAUCAGCUGAAUCGACGUUGCAGGCAGAGCUGGCAUCCAUUGGGCAAGAGAUCUCUAAUUCACGAGCUUCUCCUAUCAAAGGGCGCCCAACAUCGUCCAGUGGAACUUCCAAAUCAAUAUCCUCUCCUACGUCAUCGAGUCCGUCGACGGCACUUAUUGCCCGUGUUCGGGGUCUUUCCGAUAAAGUCGCUGCUGUCACUUCGGACCUUAAUUCCAGGACUGCGUCUCUUGAGAAGGAUAUUGAAAAUUCCCUUAUCGUUAGCGAGAGACGUGCAAAGAAACUCGAUGAACUCUAUCGCGAAGCUAGUGCUGAGAAUGAAGCUUUAUACCAGCGCUUUAACGAUGAGCUGAGCAGAAUUGCCAAAGAUGUUCGACAUGGAGCUGGGGAGAUGGCGCUCAGGGAACAGUUAAAAGAGAGCCUUGACGAGCUUGCUAGAGUAAAGAAAGAAAAUUUCCGAUUGAAGAGAGAAAUUGGUGGAUUGAAGGCGCAACAAGUUGUUACUGACUAA